AUGAGCUCCAGCCAGCCAGGGACCUGCCCAUGCCAGGGUGCUGCAGGCCGCCCAGCCAUUCUGUACGCGCUUCUGAGCCCUAGCCUCAGGGCUAGGCCCUCUGUGCCCCCGGCUCGGAGUCACUGCCUGUGCAGACAGCAUCGGCCCGUCCGGUUGUGCGCUCCGCAUCGCACCUGCCGGGAGGCCUUGGAUGUUCUGGCCAGGACGGUAGGCUUCCUCAGGAAUCUGCCGGCCUUCUGCCAGCUGCCCCCUCAGGAUCAGCAGCGGCUGCUGCGGGGCUGCUGGGGCCCCCUCUUCCUGCUGGGGUUGGCCCAAGACACCGUGACUUUCGAGGUGGCUGAGGCCCCGGUCCCCAGCAUACUCAAGAAGAUCUUGCUGGAGGAGCCCAGUAGCAGCACAGGCGGCGGCCAGCUGCCGGAUCGGCCCCAACCCUCAAUGGCAGCGGUGCAGUGGCUUCGGGGCUGCCUGGAGUCCUUCUGGAGCCUGGAGCUGGGCCCCAAGGAAUAUGCCUUCCUGAAAGAGACCAUCCUCUUCAAUCCUGACGUGCCAGGCCUCCAUGCCUCCUCCCACAUCGGACACCUGCAGCAAGAGGCUCACCAUGCACUGUGGGAGGUCCUGGAGCCCUGCUGCUCCGCUGGCCAAGGCCGCUUGGCCCGUGUCCUCCUCACAGCCUCCACUCUCAAGUCCAUCUCACCCAGCCUGCUUGGGGACCUCUUCUUCCGCCCGAUCAUUGGAGACAUUGACAUCGCUGGCCUCCUUGAGGACAUGCUUUUGCUGAGCCAACCUAUUCCAGCCCAGGCUGAGAUCAAGUGUAGGUGGGGCAGAGGCUGGCAGCCCUGA